AUGGCUGUGGCCUCCGCUGCCCCAGGGAGCAUCUUCUGUAAGCAGCUCCUUUUCUCUCUCCUGGUUCUAAUACUAUUUUGCAAUGCUUGUCAGAAAAUUUCUCUUCGAGUUCCUUCUCGUCUUCAGGGUGAAACACUUGUAGGCAGAGUGAAUCUGGAGGAGUGUCUCAAGUCGGCCAGCCUAAUCCUGUCCAGUGACCCUGCCUUCCGAAUUCUAGAAGAUGGCUCAAUUUACACAACACGUGACCUCAUUUUGUCUUCUGAAAGGAAGAGGUUUUCCAUUUUUCUCUCGGACAGUCAGAGACAGGAACAAAAAGAGAUAGAAGUUGUACUGUCAGCAAGAGACAACAAGGCCCUUAAGAAGAGACAUGCCGAAGACACAGCACUCAAGCGCAGCAAGAGACGAUGGGCUCCUAUUCCAUGUUCACUGAUGGAGAACUCACUGGGGCCAUUUCCACAACACAUUCAGCAGAUCCAAUCUGAUGCUGCCCAAAACUACACCAUCUUUUACUCCUUAAGUGGACCUGGCGUGGACAAGGAGCCCUUCAAUUUGUUCUUCAUAGAGAAAGACACUGGGGAUAUCUUUUGUACACGAAGUGUUGACCGUGAGCAAUAUGAUCACUUUUCGCUAUACGGCUAUGCAACAACCGCAGAUGGUUAUGCACCGGAGUAUCCACUCCCUUUUUUAAUCAAAGUCGAAGAUGAUAAUGAUAAUGCCCCGUAUUUUGAAAACAAACUGACCAUUUUUGAUGUGCCUGAAAAUUGCCGAUCUGGAACUUCAGUUGGACAAGUGACUGCCAUAGACCUCGAUGAACCUGACACCCUACAUACUCGUCUGAAAUAUAAAAUCUUGCAGCAAAUCCCAGAUCAUCCAAAGCAUUUCUCUGUACAUCCAGAUACAGGUGUCAUCACCACAACUACACCUUUCCUGGAUAGAGAAAAAUGUGAUACCUACCAGCUAAUAAUGGAAGUGCGAGACAUGGGAGGCCAACCUUUUGGUUUAUUUAAUACAGGAACAAUUACUAUUUCACUUGCGGAUGAAAAUGACAAUGCACCAUAUUUCACAGAAACUUCUUAUGUUACAGAAGUAGAAGAAAACAGAAUUGAUGUUGAGAUUUUACGAAUGAAGGUCCAUGACCAUGACUUGCCAAACACUCCUUACUCAAAGGCUGUGUACAAGAUCUUGCAGGGAAAUGAAAAUGGAAACUUCAAAAUUAGCACAGAUCCAAAUACAAAUGAAGCAGUGUUGUGUGUUGUCAAGCCAUUGAACUAUGAAGUCAAUCGCCAAGUUGUUUUACAAGUUGGUGUACUUAACGAAGCGCAGUUCUCUAAAGCAGCAAACUCACAAACUCCUACAAUGUGCACUACAACUGUCACUGUUAAAGUUAAAGACAGUGACGAAGGCCCUGAAUGCAAUCCACCAGUAAAAGUUAUUCAGAGUAGAGAUGGCAUCCCGGCUGGCCAACAACUCCUUGGAUACAAAGCGCUGGAUCCAGAAUCGCGCAGUGGGGAAGGCUUAAGGUAUCAGAAGUUCAAUGAUGUAGAUAACUGGUUUGAAAUUAACGAACACACUGGCGACUUGAGGACUCUAAAAAUAUUAGACAGAGAAUCAAAAUUUGUAAAAAACAACCAAUACAAUCUUUCAGUCGUUGCAAUGGAUGCAGUUGGCCGAUCUUGCACUGGGACAUUAGUAGUUCAUUUGGAAGAUAGUAAUGAUCACCCGCCACAAAUUGAAAAAGAAGUGACCAUUUGUCAGCAAGAUAAGAAUUUUGCUGUUCUGGAACCUGUAGAUCCAGAUGGGCCUGAAAAUGGCCCACCUUUUCAAUUCCUUCUGGAUAAUUCUGCCAGGAAACUAUGGACUCUACAAGAAAAGGAUGGUAAAACUGCCAUUCUUCAUCAACGGCAAAAUCUUGAUUAUGACUAUUAUCAUGUGCCUAUCCAAAUAAAAGACAGACAUGGUUUAGCUGCAAAACAUGAGUUAAUAGUGAGAGUAUGUGACUGUACGACUCCAUCUGAGUGUAGAAUGACUGCUAAAAGGGAGAGAGAUGUGAAACUAUCCAAUGUAAUACUUGGAAGAUGGGCUAUUCUUGCCAUGGUGUUGGGUUCUGCAUUGUUGUUAUGUAUUCUGUUUACAUGUUUCUGUGUUACUGCUAAGAGAACGGUAAAGAAAUGUUUUCCAGAAGAUGUAGCCCAGCAAAAUUUAAUUGUAUCAAACACUGAAGGACCUGGAGAAGAAGUGAUGGAAGCAAAUAUUAGACUCCCCGUGCAGACAUCUAACAUUUGUGAUACAAGCAUGUCUGUCGGGACUCUUGGUGGCCAGGGAAUCAAAACACAGCAAAGUUUUGAGAUGGUCAAAGGAGGUGGACAUCAGACCUUGGAGUCCGUCAAGGGAGCAGGGCAGGGAGUAACGGAUACCGGCAGAUUCACAUACACGGACUGGCAGAGUUUCACUCAGCCUCGGCUUGGCGAAAAGGUGUAUCUGUGUGGACAAGAUGAGGAGCAUAAACAUUCUGAAGACUACGUUCGUUCCUAUAACUACGAAGGCAAAGGGUCUGCGGCCGGCUCGGUGGGCUGUUGCAGCGAUCGGCAGGAAGAAGAGGGGCUGGAGUUUCUAGAUCAUCUGGAACCCAAAUUUAGGACAUUGGCAAAGACAUGCGUAAAGAAAUAA